AUGAACUCUCAACGAUCCCCCUCGCUGGGAAAGUUCUUGAUUACCGUCAUAACCGUCUUGAGUUGCCUUUUCUUUAUUCUCUACCUUCACCCCACCCGACUGGCGACUAUCGAAGACCAUGUUACGAUCGUGAAAGAUUCAAAGAAACAGUCAACUGAGUCGUCAAGUACACUACAAAGAAUACCAGAGAAAAUUUGGUAUAAAGUAGGCCCCAAGGGCCUGAGCAGCCAGUCGCAGGAGUGGAUGGAUGAUUGUCUCCACAAAAAUCCGGCACAUCGCUCGGAGAUCAUGACAGAUGAUUCCGGCGAUCUAUAUGUGAAAAACAAUUUUGCCCAUCGACCAGAUAUCGUCAACACAUUUCUUGCCCUCUCGGUACCCAUCCUCAAGGCUGACAUGCUUCGGUAUAUACUCCUAUUCACAGAGGGUGGUAUCUGGUACGACCUAGAUGUCUCGUGUGGUGACCUCCCAAUUCGCGAAUGGAUCCCGGCAGAACUUCAAUCCAAAACGAGCCUCGUUGUAGGGUGGGAAUUUGAUGAAGGAUGGGGCGAUCAUAUCGUGCGACAGUUCACCAGCUGGACGAUUAUGGCGGCCCCCAAUUCACCGCACAUGAUGAUGGUGGUUGAUGACAUUGUCGACGCGGUCCACCAAAAAGUAAAGGACUUACAGAUUGCAGUUUCAGACUUGACCCUAGACAUGGUUGGCGAUGUGGUCGAUUUCACAGGUCCCAGGCGGCUGACUCGCGGGAUACUGAAGAGCUUGGAACUGGCACUUAAUGAUACGAUCGACAAGGAUAGCAUCUCCCACUUGUUGGAACCAAUCAUGGUCAAUGAUGUCCUGAUCUUGCCAGGGUAUUCUUUUGCUGCGUCUGCCAACAAAUACAUUAAUCAGUCCGGGCCUGCAUUGGUCACACACCAUUAUGCGGGCAGUUGGAAGAAUGAAAACGGGGGCGAAAUGCCCUAA